AUGAGGAAACCGUUGAUGCGAAUCCCCUACACUGACAUUCUCCCGUCGCCAACAAUCAUCCCCGCCUCGGCUCAUUCCCUCCAAGGUGCCCUCGCCGCCCUCCACAACUUCUUCGCAGCGCCUCCACCUAACCAGCUGCCUCACUCUACCGUCGUUCUCACAGGUGCCGGACUGUCGGUGGCAUCUGGGCUGGCCGACUACCGAGGCCCCAAUGGCACGUAUCGAGUGAACAAGACGUAUCGUCCCAUCUACUACAACGAGUUUGUACAGAAUCACGAGGCUCGCAAGAGGUAUUGGGCUAGGAGCUUUCUUGGGUGGUCUAGUCUUCUCAAGGCAAAGCCCAAUUCCGGGCACUAUGCAAUCAGAGAUUUGGGGCAGUUGGGCUUGAUAAGUGCUGUCAUUACGCAGAAUGUCGAUUCCUUCCACCCCAUAGCCCAUCCUCAGAUCCCCUCGCUCGAGCUCCAUGGCUAUCUAAGGUCAACCAAGUGCACCACCUGCCACUCUGAAUAUUCACGCGAGGAUUUCCAGCAUCACCUUGCCCGGCUGAAUCCUCGUUGGGCAGCUCUCCUAGAAGAGGCGCUGGCAUCGGGAGCUCUCGACACAGAAGAUCCUGACGAAAAAAGGUUCAGAGGGUUGAAAGUCAACCCGGAUGGCGACGUCGACCUUCCCGAUGCACCUUAUACCACGUUUAGGUACCCUCCCUGUCCUCGAUGCUUGGCCGACCCACCUAUCAAGGCAGAGGGCUACAGACAUACAGUCAGGGCCGACGGUGACGGUGCCUUCAUUCUUCCAAGCUCAGCUGGUGUGUUGAAGCCAAAUGUUGUCAUGUUUGGCGAGAACAUUCCCACCCACGUCCGAACUGCAGCCGAGGAUGCCGUCGAUAAUGCCGGUCGGCUUCUUGUCCUCGGGACAUCGCUUGCCACCUACUCGGCAUGGAGGUUGGCCAAAAGAGCCAAGGAAAGGGGCAUGCCCAUCGCCAUCGUCAACAUGGGUGGCGUGAGGGGGGAAGACCAAUUCUUCGAAGACGUAGAUCCUACGCAGGCCGGCGAGCGAGCAGUCAGGGUUGAGGUAUCGACAGACGAUCUUCUCCCAACUUUGGUAUCUCAGCUUCGCCAGAGGCUCGCAUCUAGCUCGCUGCCUCAUGAUGCCGCACUGCCCAAUGAUUCGCGAGAAAACUCGUCCAUCUUCAAAGAUAUGCUCUCUUAG